UGACCUCAACGCUCCUCACCAACUUGAACAAUUGUUGGAUGCGAAACGGGGAGCUUUGAUAACUCGCUGAUGCCCUCGCCUGUGGCAGUUACGAGGCUUCUGUCGCUGCUGUCUGGCCUCGGACUUUGGACUGCCCUGGAAAAUUGCUUUCUGUUGAGGGUCUCGAGGACGGUAUUGUUUCUGAGAGGGCUAGCAGAUGUAGGUAUCCAGGAUAUAGCCAGCAAGACUGAGCAAGUAGGCUAUAUGACUUUUCCGCAGCAUGGCGUGAACGCCAAGGUCGUUGCCCUCAGCUACAAUCCGGACUGCCACUCCAUUUACCGGACAAUCCAUUGACGGAGGCGAGUUGGUGACGCAAAGUCCUGUUCCGUUGUGCACAUCGUGUUCCCCGAGGGCCGUCUACCAGCCGAAACACGAUCUCAGACAGGUAGCAACCACUGAACCCAUUGAUCAUGCACUCCCCGACCACAUUACCUGCUCCACCUCG